UCUUAGCUGCCUGCAACACCGACACGGAGGGGGGGAAUAGAGAAAAGAGAGAGAUUGGAGAAUAAACAAGAAGAGGAGAUGUGGAUUAGAAUGCUGCUCCUGCUGCUUCUGUGACGGUGGGCUGCCUGUUUGAGUGCUCGCGUGCCUCCUCCUCUCCAUCUCUCUCUCACACACACUCUCUCCUUCGCGCACUCUAUCUUUCUCUUGCUCUUGAUCUGUCAGUGGUUCUCUCUCUCCUUCCCUCUCAAUCUCUCUCUUUCUGUCUCUCUUUCCCUCUCUCUCUCUCUCUCUCUCUCUCUCUCUCUCUCUCUCUCUCUCUGUUCUACUCUGGCUACUGCAGUAGUCCACCAGCCAGCCGCAAGUCUGACAGCCACACACAUGGCUAACUGCCACAACUUACUACCUCAGCCCUGGAGAAAAACUAACAAAUAAGCAAGCAGAAGAACACUGCAGGAGACAGCCCAGGGGACAAACAGCGAGUGGAGAGAAGAAUCCUCAAUACCUUUCUCUGUUUUUGGAUACAGAUACGGAGCCCUUUUCCACACACAUCCUCCCAGCGUCAUCCUCUCUCUUUUCUCUCAUUGCAGAAGAGGACAAGAGUGCUCUCUCUCUCUCUUCCGACAGCCUUUUGCGAAGCUCCAACAGUGCAGCGCAUCCCCUUCUCCACCCCCCACCCAGCGCCACCAUCUCUCCCACCACCCCCAACCCCCCCUCCCCCCAGGAGGAAUAGACGGAUUACUGCUAACUGUGCACACGGCAGCCUGCAGCUGCUCUGACCAGGGCCAGCCCAACGUUGGGAGGAAGCAAAAGGAACACAGAGGAGGAGAGGAGAGGGGGAUGACUGUGCCGGGAGUUCUUUAGCCUUUUUCUGUCUCUCAGUCUCUGUCACAACGGGGCUAAUCAGCGACCGACUAGCCCUUGGCAAAGUCACAGUGAGGGAGGUCUCUCCACCAAACAGGCGACCAGCCGACGAGCCAACACAUGUAUCAGGAGCCGACAGAACUGGGGAUUUUUAUUUAUUUCAGUUGGUCACUUCUUCUCUCCUCCUCUGUCGUGUUUUACUGCGUUAUGGAUCAUUGUGAUUUAUCCACAGUGGAGCUGCAUGUUGGAGUCUGCAGCCUGGCAGGGGGGCAGUUAGUGGGGGCAGAAGGGAUCCAGGCACCUGCCAAGCCUUCAUGGCCUUACCUCUGCCUAGAGGAAAAACAAGAAAACAUCAAUCUGCUGUCUCUCCAUGGAAGGAAAUUAUAAAUGAACGUGAUGCAUGACUGUUGCUUUUAACAUUUGGAAAGAGGCAAAAAGGACCACUUCCAAACUAAUGAGCAUCAUCCUGCACUGUCGAUGGAACUUGGGAGCCUUGAGUUGCUCCAGCCAGGCUAGGGUGGUCUGUCCUCUGGUGUGUGCCGUCUCCCCCCACCAUGCAGAAUAAUGAGCCCUCCACACCAUGAGUCCUCUGGGCCAGGUUAGUGUGCAGCCUACCUGGAACGCAGCCCUGCUCGCCGUGCUCUCUCUCAUGGUGCCUGCUCUCAGUAUGUGCCAGUCCACAGGCCCUGCGUUGGGCUCGGCUAACCCACAGAACUGUCCAGGUGUGUGCUCCUGCACUAACCAGCUCAGCAAGGUGGUGUGUACCCGCCGAGGCCUGGUUAGGGUUCCCCCGAACAUCCCACCCAACACCAGGUACCUGAACCUGAUGGAAAACAGCAUAGAGACCAUACAGGCAGAUACCUUCAGGCACCUGCAUCACCUGGAGGUACUGCAGUUGGGCAGAAAUGCUAUCAGACAGAUUGAAGUGGGGGCCUUCAAUGGCCUGACCAGCCUCAAUACUCUGGAGCUCUUCGACAACAGACUGACAGUCAUUCCCAGUGGGGCUUUUGAGUACCUGUCAAAGUUGAGAGAGUUGUGGCUUAGAAACAAUCCCAUUGAGAGCAUCCCGUCUUAUGCCUUCAACCGUGUCCCCUCCCUCAUGAGACUGGACUUGGGAGAACUGAGGAAGUUGGAGUACAUUUCUGAUGGGGCAUUUGAGGGCCUUGAAAACCUCAAGUAUCUCAACUUGGGGAUGUGCAACCUGAGGGAGUUUCCUCAUCUUUCACCACUGGUGGGAUUGGAGGAGCUAGAGAUAUCAGAGAAUGUUUUCCCUGACCUGAAGCCCGGGGCCUUCCGUGGGCUUAAAAAUCUACGUAAACUGUGGAUUAUGAACUCUGCCAUCACUAACAUUGAGAGGAAUGCUUUUGAUGACAUCACAGCCCUGGUAGAGCUGAAUUUAGCCCAUAAUAACCUGUCAUCCCUCCCCCAUAACCUCUUCACCCCUCUACAGUACCUGGUGGAGCUACACCUGCACCACAACCCUUGGCGAUGUGACUGUGAUGUAGUGUGGCUCUCCUGGUGGCUCAGAGAAUACAUUCCCACAAAUUCCACCUGCUGUGGACGCUGCCACACCCCGGUCCACAUGAGAGGACGAUACCUGGUGGAAGUUGAUCAGGCCACCUUUCAGUGUUCGGCACCAUUCAUACUCGAUGCUCCUAGAGAUCUGAACAUCUCGGCAGCGAGGGUGGCAGAACUGAAGUGCCGCACAGCUGCCAUGAGCUCAGUCCGAUGGCUUCUCCCCAAUGGGACUGUAUUGACCCAUGGCUCGGCUCACCCACGGAUAUCUGUCCUCAACGAUGGGACGCUCAACUUCUCCAACGUUCUCCCAUCAGACACGGGGGUCUACACCUGCAUGGUGAGCAACAUGGCCGGAAAUUCCAAUGCCUCGGCCUACCUAAACGUCAGCAAUGCUGAACUCAACACGUCUAAUCUGUCCUAUUUUACCACCGUAACCGUGGAAGUUUUGGAGCCCACAGUGGAGGAGACCCCUAAACCCAAGCCUACUAUCCCUGCCUCGCCCUCUGUCUUUCAGCCCGUCUUCAUCUCCACACCCACUGUGCUGUUCCAAAGCACCCAGACUCCAAGGCAGGUGUCAAUCCCCACUGCCAGAAUCCCUAGUGGGCCAGCCGCCAGCCUGGAUGAGGUGAUGAAAACCACCAAAAUCAUCAUUGGCUGUUUUGUUGCUGUUACCUUGCUGGCAGCAGCCAUGUUGAUAGCAUUCUAUAAGUUGCGUAAGCGGCAUCAACAGAGGAGCACGGUGGCGGCAGCCAGGACCAUAGAAAUCAUACAGAUGGAGGAAGAAGUUCCUCCCGUUCCACCACCCACCUCCGGAUCUAGUGGCUCUGACGACACAGGGUUGGUACUGCCUACAUUAGUGGAACACAACAGCAACACCUUUAAGCCUGGGUACGUGUCCUCCUCCUCCUCAUCCCGCCAAGGGGGCUACGGAGCCCACUGGACCCAGAACAACUCUCUUCAUCGCUCAGUCAGACAGCAUCACAGCCACAUCAGCACCAUUGCUGAUCCCUACGUCAUUAAGACUACUCACGGCAAGGAGAAGGUUCAAGAGACCCAAAUCUGAGUAAUGCUCCCUCUGGAUCUAUCUCUGACUCUGCCCCAACCUCUCCUCUCCACCUAUCUGCUCACCAGUCCAUGCAAUAGAAUGCACAAAGAACAAAACGGUAACUUUCUUUUGUACAGAAGUGCAAAUCAGAGACAGUUUUUUUUGUUUCUUGUACAUGCCUAUACAUAAGUAUAUAAAUAUGAAAAAAAUACAAAUAUAUAUAAAUGAAACUACCGUCAGGCAGUGGUGAGACAUGCAGAUUAUAUUAGAAAAGAAAGUAAAUUGAAACUAUUUUCUAAUAACUGGUGACUUCUAUUUAAAAAAGACAAAGAUACUGAAUUGCUUUUGUGAUUGAUAAUAGAAGGUGGUACUGUCUACUGUAGGAAAAGAGGCAUUUAGUUUGUUUUUUGACCAUAUUUAGGAUGCAGUAAAAAAAGAAAAAACUCUUUAUACAGGCACCAGUUUCUAAAUACAGCCCCAAAUGUAAGCUCCAGUUUUUACUGUGCCAAAUAUUAUAUGCAAUAAAAUGGUAUUUCCAGACUUAGGAACACAAAAAGACACACAAGCAAAAUCUAGAUAGAUAGAAACAUUUGUCCAAGGAUAGCAGCGUAAUGGCACAGAUAGAAUGUGCUGUUCAGUAGCUAUCAGCCAAAUGCUUUUGGACUGCAGUGAAUUUCUGCAGCUAAGGUUUAACCCUCUGUUUGCUGGAGCUAAGCUGCGUUUAUUUGACAGUGCCAGUGCUUCUUAGUUGUAGCGUAUCUAAACAUGUUUAUUUAGUGUGCACAUGAUUCCCCACUGGUUUAACUGGCAAAGAUGAAGUGCAGGCUAAUAACAGUUGUUGCAAAUACUUUGUUCUGUUAUUGGUUGCAUUUUGUGUUAUUUCUUUUCCCUUAGGUUUUGACAUGCUUCUUAAUGGCUUGUGUAGUGUUUAGGGCUAAUUUAAUAAUGCAUUACAGCAGUUGCCUGACUUGUCUCUGCAAGGGCUCAUUCCGAUGCUUUUCAAAAGGAACAGACAUGUGGUGCAGUGAUACAGGGCUUUGCUGACCGUUCUGCUUUUGGAGAAAAAAAACAGAGGAUUGAAGUGAAACAAAUGAAUGUCUGAUACCGGGGCUUUUCCAUGGACUACAUUGAAACAUGACUUUCUUUUUCUUUUAACAGUUUAUUUUGAGCAACACUAUUUUUAUGGAGAGACAAAGGAGGCUAUGAAAAAUAAAAACCUUUGGUUUGUAUUUCUCUAAUCAGAAACACUUUCAUCUGAUGUUUUUUCUUCUCUCUGAAUAUAUUUCCAUUUGUGUGUAAGUUGUUUAAUCGUAAAGGCUGGAGGCAGUAUUGUAAAUCGUAUCCUACCCCAAACCCCCCAUCUUACGGUCCUAUGCAUUUACUUAGUGUCUGCAUGAAUGGGUCUUUAAGUAACUGGUGUACAAUGCUGCAUUAUACCCCACAGUGGGGCUCUAUGCAGGUCAGAUAGGCUGUUGGUCUUUGAUGCCUCAGCUUAGUUCUUAACAUUGA